AUGGUUUCAAAGAACAUUACCCCGUCCCGUGACUCUGACAAUGAACAAGACCUCGCUUUCAUCAGAGACUUACCCAACGAACUCAUUCUCUACAUAUAUGAGUUGCUCCCCAAAAAUUUUGUCCUUGACUUUUGGUUCCCGCCUGUACCAGAGCUGAACGUAUUUCUCAGAAUGCAGAAUCUGAAUAUGCCUCCGUCGUUGAAGCGUUGGCUUCUCGAGCGGGUAUUUGUAUGUUCCCCGAAAACAAAGUACGUGUUCAACUGGCAAAAUCAUUACCUGAACUCAUGGUUACUCCUAUCUCCAGACGAAUUCGAUCAACUCAAAGCAUGUGACCUCGAUUGGUUUGGCGGUCAAAUCAUGGUGGAGAUAUACUUGAAGUACUACAAAAUGUACCAGAAGUACGAGUACACGAAGAAGCGUUUCGAAGCCAUGACCAUUCCCCUUUGCAUUCGCUCCGUCCUGGAUGUACACCUUCAUCAAUUAGUUUUGACCACCAUCGAUGACAAUAUUAGGCACUACAAGCCUAAACUAAAGGUGGAUUGCUUACAAAUUCAGGGGUUCCGACACGAUGUCAGCCUCAUCGUUGACGUCAGUUCAGUGAGGCAGUUGAUAUUCCACACUAAGCACCCCAGCAUACAUAGGCAAGCUCAGAAUUUCACACUGUUGACGGAUUUGCAAGUACGGUUCAGCUCUGAUUACAGUGAUCUACUUGCUUUUUCUCACAUUGUUCGGAGAUUGGUGUUGACAAAUCUCGAACGGGUAAAUUACCAAGGUAUGAUUGAGAUGGCCGCCAACUUCAGACGGCUCAUUUACUGUGAGUUUGCUAUGCGAGGGGACGUAUUGACUUUUCCUCGUAUAUGGCGUAUGCCUGAAGAGGAUGAUGAUAAAGAAAGGUACGCCGAAGUGGUCGCUAUUCUCCAAUCCAAGCACUUCAAAUGGUUGGAGACGUUCGUGCUAGAUGACCAUGCAUUCAAAGUUGAGCGGCGUGAUGGAGAAUGGGUCUCUUCCAAAGAAGUCACCGAGAACAAUGAGCUUGUUUGUAAAUUGGUCGAAGAGCCGGAGUCGGUAGUACUGCUACCGAAGCCUGACUGGUCCCAUCGUCAGUGGUAA